UUUUUCAUGAAAAUUAUUUUUUAAAAGAUAUUUCUUUGUCAGCGAUGGCAACUUUACAUGUAACUCUGUACAUGGGCGUUUUCCAAAUUUAGCAAAUACGCAGUUUACUGUAUAAAAUAGGAGUAUUACAAAAGUAUGCUCUCAUCCACCAUAUGAUAUUACUAUUAUAUUAAUUUUAUCCUUGUUUGAUAUUUCUAUUCCAUUUUGAUUAGACUUUAUUCCCAGUUCCCAAAUCAAAACUCCCAAUGUUCUCUAUAUACAUCGCCUUUCUUUCAAUUUUCAUUGGUUUUCUCCUAUACUUCAUCCAACUCCGAUGGAAGGCGGCGCCGGAAAAUGUUCGCCGGAAACUUCCACCGGGACCACGAGGUCUUCCGAUAAUCGGCAAUCUCCACAUGCUAGGUACCCUCCCUCAUCGUACCCUAUACGAUCUAUCCAAAAAAUACGGUCCAAUAAUGUUCUUAAAGCUCGGAAACGUUCCAACGGUUGUGGUUUCGUCCCCUGAAACCGCCGAGCUAAUACUCAAGACACACGACGCCGUUUUCGCCAGCCGCCCAAAGCUUAAGGCGGUGGAGUACGUAAGCGACGGUGCUAAGGGUUUGGCUUUUGCUCCGUACGGUCCACAGUGGCGUAACGCUCGGAAAUUCUGCAUACAAGAGCUGCUCACGGCGGAGAAAAUUGAGUCUUUUGCUGGGAUGAGGAAAGAGGAAAUUGGGGUUUUGGUGCGGCGGCUGAAGGUGGCGGCUGAUGGCGGCGAAGUGGUGGAACUUGGAGAGAAGAUUGGGGAUUUGAUUGCGAAUAUGACGUAUAGAAUGUUAUUUGGGGAUAUUGGGAAUAGCGAUAGAUUUGAUUUGAAGAGCAUUGUACAGGAAAUGGUGCGAUUGGCUGGAGCAUUUAAUAUUGCUGAUUAUGUGCCUUUUCUUGAGCCAUUUGAUAUUCAGGGCUUGAAUAAGCAAUUGAAGGAAACUGGAAAGGCUGUUCAGAAAGUAUUUGAUACCAUAAUCAAUGAGCAUGAACAAGAUGCAAGGAAUGGCACUCACAAAGGUAGCAAGGUUCUUGUUGAUGUCAUGUUAUCACAUCAAAAUUGUCCGAAAUCCUACUCGAUUGAUCGUGCAACCAUGAAAGCCAUCCUUUCUGAUAUGAUCGUUGGAGCUAUUGAUACUUCACACACUUGGAUUGAAUGGGCUUUUGCAGAAAUUGUUAAGCAUUCAAGAGUAAUGAACAAACUCCAGGAAGAGUUGAUAUCUGUAGUAGGACUGGACAGAAUGGUUGAGGAACAAGAUUUGCCAAAGUUGGAAUACUUAGAACUGGUGCUCAAGGAAACCUUCCGACUACAUCCUGUGGCGACUCUUUUAGUUCCUCGAGAAUCAAUGGAAGACGUUGUCAUAAACGGGUAUUAUAUACCUAGAAGAUCACGGGUUAUGAUAAAUUGUUGGGCGUUAGGGCAUGAUCCUAAGAUAUGGUCGGACAAUGUUGAGGAAUUUGUUCCUGAGAGAGGUUUAUUGGCAAGGACUGAUGUUCGUGGACAUGAUUUUAUUUUGUUGCCAUUUGGAUAUGGAAGAAGAAGUUGUCCAGGUAUGAAUCUGGGGUUGAUCACUGUGAAAUUGAUAGUUGCACAAUUAGUGCAUUGCUUCAGUUGGGAUUUGCCUGAAGGCAUGUUACAUGGUGAUUUGGACAUGACUGAAAAGUUUGGUUUGGCUGCUCCAAGAGCUCAAAAUUUGCUUGUUAUUCCCACUUACCGUCUACACUCUUAACCAGCUUAAGAGGAGAUUAACUUGAGCUUAUUACUACAGGGUUAAUUAAAUUGGAAUAACUAUGCAUCCUCUAGGUUCGAAAAUCUUAGAUUAUAAUGUAAUGAUAAUUAGUAGAUUUACAAUAAGCGAGAGGACUUUGUUUUGUGCUGCAUUAAGCAUAAAUUGUACAUGUUGAUCAUAAGGAAUUAAGAAAUAUGAUCCCUGUGGAAAUAAUAGCCACUGGAAACAGCGUAGUUCCAAUUA